UUUUCUGUUCUUCACUCUCUUCUAUAUAUAUCACUGUCUCCUCAUCUCUUCUCUGUAUCUCUCUUCUUCUCUCUCUUUUCUGAUCCAAUUUCUGUCUUUUCUUCUUCAAUCUCACUUGCGCGGAUUCAGUGAGAAGGAUUAGCUGAAAAGAGUGGAGAACAAUGGCGGCGCCUAGGAAUAUAGAGAAGAUGGCAUCGAUUGAUGCACAGCUGAGGCUUCUGGUGCCUCGAAAAGUUAGUGAAGAUGAUAAGUUGAUUGAAUAUGAUGCUCUGCUUUUGGAUCGAUUCCUUGAUAUUCUUCAAGAUUUGCAUGGAGAGGAUCUCAGAGAAACGGUUCAAGAGUGUUAUGAGCUUUCUGCUGAGUAUGAAGGGAAGCAUGAGCCCCAAAAACUUGAGGAGCUUGGAAAUGUAUUGACAAGUUUGGAUCCUGGGGACUCCAUUGUUAUUGCUAAAGCUUUCUCCCACAUGCUUAACUUGGCCAACUUGGCUGAGGAGGUUCAGAUUGCUUACCGUCGAAGGAUCAAGAAGGUGAAAACAGGUAAUUUCGUGGAUGAGAACUCCGCAACAACUGAAUCUGACAUUGAAGAAACUUUCAAGAGACUUGUGGGAGAACUAAAGAAGUCUCCGGAGGAGAUUUUUGAUGCUUUGAAGAAUCAAACUGUGGAUCUGGUCUUAACAGCUCAUCCAACUCAAUCCGUCCGUAGAUCUUUGCUUCAGAAGCAUGGAAGGAUUCGGAAUUGUUUAGCCCAGUUAUAUGCCAAAGAUAUCACUCCGGAUGAUAAGCAAGAGCUUGAUGAGGCUCUACAGCGAGAGAUUCAAGCUGCAUUCCGUACAGAUGAAAUCCGAAGGACCCCUCCAACUCCACAAGAUGAAAUGAGGGCAGGGAUGAGCUACUUCCAUGAAACGAUCUGGCAGGGUGUCCCUAAAUUCUUGCGCCGUGUUGAUACAGCUUUGAAAAACAUAGGGAUCAAUGAGCGUGUUCCUUACAACGCCCCACUUAUUCAGUUUUCUUCCUGGAUGGGUGGUGAUCGUGAUGGUAAUCCAAGGGUGACUCCUGAGGUCACAAGGGAUGUUUGCUUAUUGGCAAGAAUGAUGGCUGCUAACUUGUACUACUCCCAAAUUGAGGAUCUUAUGUUUGAGUUGUCCAUGUGGCGUUGCAGUGAUGAGCUUCGUGUUCGUUCUGAUGAACUUCACAGAUCCUCAAGGAGAGAUGCAAAGCACUAUAUUGAGUUCUGGAAACAAAUUCCUCCAAGUGAACCCUAUCGUGUAAUUCUUGGUGAUGUGAGGGAUAAGCUGUAUCAGACACGUGAACGUGCUCGUCAGCUGUUGGCCCAUGGAAUCUCUGAUAUUCCAGAGGAGGGAGUAUUCACCAAUGUUGACGAGUUCUUGGAACCUCUUGAACUCUGUUAUAGGUCACUCUGCUCUUGUGGUGAUCGACCAAUUGCUGAUGGAAGCCUUCUGGAUUUCUUGAGGCAAGUUUCCACCUUUGGACUGUCACUUGUUAGGCUCGAUAUCAGGCAAGAGUCAGAUCGCCACACUGAUGUCUUAGAUGCCAUUACCAAGCACUUGGAAAUUGGUUCCUACCGUGAAUGGUCUGAAGAACACCGACAGGAAUGGCUUUUAGCUGAACUCAGUGGCAAACGACCAUUGUUUGGUCCUGAUCUUCCUAAAACUGAAGAAAUUGCAGAUGUUUUGGACACAUUUCAUGUCAUAGCAGAACUCCCAGCAGACAGUUUUGGAGCAUAUAUAAUAUCAAUGGCAACUGCACCAUCUGAUGUGCUUGCUGUUGAACUCCUACAGCGUGAGUGUCAUGUGAAACAGCCACUUAGAGUCGUUCCACUCUUUGAGAAGCUUGCAGAUCUGGAGGCGGCUCCUGCUGCUCUGUCUCGGCUCUUCUCAAUUGAUUGGUACAGAAACCGGAUUAAUGGUAAGCAAGAAGUCAUGAUUGGUUACUCGGAUUCAGGUAAAGAUGCUGGACGGUUCUCUGCCGCCUGGCAGCUAUAUAAGGCUCAAGAAGAGCUCAUAAAAGUUGCUAAGGAUUUUGGUGUCAAACUAACUAUGUUCCAUGGCCGUGGUGGGACUGUUGGAAGAGGAGGUGGUCCCACCCAUCUUGCUAUAUUGUCUCAACCACCAGAUACAAUUCAUGGCUCACUCCGUGUUACUGUCCAAGGUGAGGUUAUUGAGCAAUCAUUUGGGGAAGAACACUUGUGCUUCAGAACACUUCAGCGUUUUACAGCUGCCACACUUGAGCAUGGUAUGCAUCCCCCAGUUUCACCGAAACCAGAAUGGCGUGCCCUGAUGGAUGAAAUGGCUGUUGUUGCAACAGAGGAAUACCGCUCCAUUGUGUUCAAUGAACCUAGAUUUGUUGAAUAUUUCCGCCUUGCUACACCAGAGCUGGAGUAUGGCCGAAUGAACAUUGGAAGUCGUCCAUCGAAGCGAAGGCCAAGUGGUGGUAUUGAAUCUCUCCGUGCAAUCCCUUGGAUCUUUGCCUGGACACAAACAAGAUUUCAUCUUCCUGUGUGGCUUGGUUUUGGAGCUGCAUUCAGACAUGUCAUUCAGAAGGAUGUUAGGAAUCUUCAUAUGCUGCAGGCGAUGUACAAGGGAUGGCCAUUCUUUAGAGUCACGAUUGAUUUGGUUGAAAUGGUGUUCGCCAAGGGAAACCCUGGGAUAGCCGCCCUUUUUGACCAUCUACUUGUUUCUCAAGACCUAUGGUCAUUCGGACAGAGGCUGAGGACCAACUAUGAAGAAACCAAGAGCCUUCUUCUGCAGAUUGCUGGACACAAGGAUCUUCUGGAAGGAGAUCCAUACUUGAAGCAAAGACUGAGGCUGCGUGAUUCAUACAUCACAACUCUCAACGUGUGCCAAGCCUACACGCUGAAACGAAUUCGUGAUCCAAACUACAAUGUGAAGGUGCGGCCACAUAUCUCGAAGGAAAUUAUGGAAUCAGAAUCAGGGAAACCUGGUGAUGAGCUUGUGAAACUUAAUCUAUCAAGUGAAUACGCCCCUGGUUUGGAGGACACACUCAUCUUGACCAUGAAGGGUAUUGCUGCCGGACUCCAGAACACCGGUUAAACGAUGUCAUUAAUGAGGUUCGCUUGUGUUCUUCUUUCUGUUUACUUCUCGACAGAGGCUAUACCCAAUAAUUAUAUGCACCGGAAAAUUGAGGCGAGUCCGUGUAGCUAUACGAUCAGGCUGCUGUGCUCGAAUACUAUCAGAGUCACCAGCAUUGUUAUAGUUGCAACAAACUCUUAUAAAACUUAGUAAAACUGUUGUUAUGUUUUUAUAAUACAAGUAGUGCCAUGGAGCCUUUUUAAUAUAUAAUAGCUCUUUGUGAUGUUAUGUGAGAUUCUUCUGGUUUUCUUUC